AUGAUGCUGCCUAUGAGAAAUUUAUUUUAUCUCACAUUCUUAUAUCUUGCGAUUGGGUCACCCCAAAUCAAUCUUGAUCUUACUGAUUGGUCAAAUAAUAAUGGAAAUGACGUUAUCCUACAACAUGAUUGCAUUCACGUUGCUACUUUAAUGGAAAAAGGGGUUGAUUCUCAUCAAAUUAUUUCGUAUUGUAUGAGUGAAUGGCCAAGAAAAUGGACUAUACGAACAAAUAGUCAAGAUCGAAAUUUUACUUUUGCUCAGCUACUUCAACAAAAUAUUACGAGCGAACAAUUAUACCACUGGUCCGCACCAAUCGAUGUUGUUGAACGUUAUCAAUUGUAUUCGAAUUACGUUCCAACUUCUGAUGAAUUCGUAUCGAUGGGAACAUACGUGUUUUACAAUUGUACACUGCCAAGAUUUGGUCCAUUGUGUCAGUACUCAUUCGAUGCUUAUGAACCUUAUCAUUCAUCGUUGCAGGAGAUCAUUAAUAAUUUUUAUCUUCAAGAAUAUGAUCCAACAACAUUGACCUGCUAUAUACACUUACAAUGCUAUAGUGACUCUUCAGCGGUAUGUCUUGAUUGGAGUGAUAUAUGUGAUGGUAUUACUGAUUGCCAAAAUGGAAUUGAUGAAGAGCCUUGCUGGAAACUGGAAUUGAACACAUGUGAAGAUAAUGAAUAUCAAUGUAUUAAUGGUCAAUGUAUUCCUAGAAUAUUUCAUCGUGACGAUAGUAAUACUUUUGAAUGCGUCGAUCAAUCAGAUGAAAGUUAUAUAAAAUAUAAAUUCUACAAGAGUGUUACAAAUGCACCAACGUUUGCGUACGAAGAUAUAGCAUGUUCUCUAAGACGAAUAGUACACCGAGUAAAGUUCACGAGUUCAUGUCUAGAAAAACGUGAUACAUUACUCUUAGAAGCGAUGUUCUCCUAUACACCAAAGUCGGUAUCUACUGAAUGUUGGUCUGCAUUCAAAUGUCUUUUAGACAUUCCACAUCGAUCAGAUGCAACAUGUUCGUCUCUUUGUGAAAAUGGUGAAUGUCAUAAUAUAAUUAAUAGAACUUGUUCAGAAAUGUUGUAUAUGCCGUGGGCACCAGCUGUCUUUGGCCAUAUACACUUUGUCUACAUAAUCGAAGAUCUCAACAAACCUAAUUACAAAAGAACGUCACCACAGUAUGUAUGCUAUGAUGAUCAAUUAUGUGGAGGAUUCAUGCCUACUGAAACACUGUUAUCAUUGCAAAAUAGUACAUGUCGUCGUCCUGCAGAUUUUCCAUUACGAUUUGCACAAUUUGCAUUUGUAAAAGGCGUCUGGAAGGAUACGUAUAUCAUACCAUUACAUGAACAGCUUUAUCAAUGUAAUACAGUAGUUUACAAUGAUCCUUUAAUUUGUAGCAGUUCGGGAAUGUAUCAAUGUAUCAAUUCGUCGAAAUGCAUCCCAAAACGUCGCGUUUGUGACGGUAAAAAGGAUUGUAAUUAUGGAGAUGAUGAACAAUGUAGUGGAAUUCCGCUAUCUUGUGUGGGACAUGGAUCUAAUAAGCCAUUGAAAUGUACGGCAGCGAGUUGGUGCAUUCCUCCACAUUAUGUUAACAACGGAAUUUGCGAUUGCCCAAUAGAUCAAUACAAUCUAUGCGAUGAUGAACACUUCGAUAAGCAUUUCAUGAGAAAACAUAUAUAUUUUCCAACGAUUUGCGAUGGUUUUACAGAACUCAUACCUAUCAUCAUCGAUGGACGAAAUGAAACUGAUGAAACAGAUUGUGAACAUUGGCAAUGCAAUAACACUUAUACAAGAUGUGAUGGUUUUUGGAAUUGUUUCAACGGAGCAGAUGAAAUUGAUUGCGAUCCAUCACCACCAUUGAAUUGUCCACACUAUCAUCAUGUAUGUGUUUCACCAAAGACAAAUCAAUUUAUGUGUUUGCCGCUCGAUAAAGCUAAUGAUGGCAUCAUUGAUUGUCUUGGUGCUCUCGAUGAACCAAAGCUAUGUCGACAGAACAAUUAUGAACCAAAUGAUCAGACAUUUCAUUGCACAAAUCACAUCGACGACGCUUGUGUCUCUCUCAGUACGUUAUGCGUUGAAAGUCAAUGUGCAAACCAGACUGAUACACAAUUUUGCUAUUCGAGUAGAAAUGUGACUUCUUUCAAACCUUUUUGUGGCGAAAUCUAUCGAUCAAAUCGUUCUGAUGUCGAAAACUUUCUUUGUGACCAUCUCGACGAUACUCGUAAACCAGGAAUUUCACAUUUUUCACUUAAUGAAAACAAAAAUUUAUCCCGACCAAGAACGCAAAAAGGCACCGAUGUCAUACUCGUUGAUUCUCCUACUUUAGCAACGACUCGUCAAUAUCAUCAACACUGUCAUCGCGGUCUGGCCUUGCAUGUGUGGUUAGAUAGUGAAAAGAACUCAAGUGAAUUAACAUGCCUUUGUCCACCUAGCUUUUAUGGAAAUAUAUGUCAAUAUCAAAAUCAGCGAGUUAGCCUGACUAUGCAAUUUCGAGUACUUUCCCACUCUUUGCGAACAUUAUUUUCAUUGAUUGUCUCAUUGGUUGAUGAGAGUAAUGAACGAAUUAUUCAUUCUUAUCACAAAUUUACCUAUUUAUACAUCAGAGAUUGUCAAAAGAAGUUCAACGCUUAUUUACUUUAUUCAACUCGACCAAUGAAUCAGACAAAGAAAUAUGCAAUUCAUAUUGAUAUUUAUGAAACGAUUUCAUUGACGUAUCGGGGAAGUUUAUUGAUACCACUUAGCUUUACUUUCUUACCUGUCUAUCGUGUCGCUGUUCUGUUGGAUAUUCCGCGUAUACGAGAUAAUGUUGAAGCUUGUUCGCAACAACGAUGUGUUCAUGGACGAUGCAUUCGGUAUUCGAAUCAGCCGAGAGACAAUUUCUGUCAGUGUAAUCAAGGAUGGUCAGGAAAAAACUGUCAUAUCCCGCAAAAGAAUAUUUGCAAGUGUGCACCUGGUUCCUUGUGUAUCAGCAUUGCAGCUAACAAUCGAUCGAUAUGUGUUUGUCCUGUAAAUAGAUGGGGUCCGCUUUGUUUUUUGCAAAACAUUGUAUGCGAAAUUAAUAAGAAUAUGACAUGCCGAAAUGGAGGUCAAUGCAUACCCACCGAUGAAUAUGCAAUAUCGGACCAGAAAUUUACAUGUGUCUGUCCGAAAGGUUUUAGUGGAGAGAGAUGUGAAAUUGCUGACACAAGAAUCACUGUGUUCUUCGACCAAGAGAUUACUUUGCCGCAAUUUAUAGUAUUUCAUUUCAUUCGACAGAUGCAACUUGCUGCACCUGAAAAUGGUUCUACAUCGAAAUCGAUUACUACCAAUCAGAGAUUAGUGAUUGUCCAAUGGUCACGCCCAUUUCACGUUGCUCUUGCUGAACUGCCUGACAAAAGUUUUCAUUUGAUUACGCUUCAAAAAGUGUACAAUCAAUCAGCAAUCAUUACUCAAACGAUUAGUUCAUUAAGUCGCUGCAAACAUAUAACAGAACUAUUCAACGAAACGAUUAGUAAAUCUCAUCUUCUUCGUCGCAUAAAAUAUUAUCAUUUACCAUGUCAAACACAUUCACCACAAUUGACUUGUUUUUACGAUGAAGUUCACUUUUGUGUAUGUACAAACUUUGGCCAUCAAAGAAUAGCUAAUUGCUUCGAAUUCAAUCACACAAUCAAACAUGAUUGUUUUGGUAGAAGCAACUGUGAGAACGAAGCUCAAUGUUUACAAGACAAAGCAACUUGUCCCCAAACAUCAGUUUGUGUUUGUCGAGCAUGUUUUCAUGGCGCUCGUUGUCAAUUCAGUUCACAUUUAUUCGGUCUUUCUCUUGAUGCUGUGUUAGGCUAUCACAUUCAACCACAUAUUCAUCUAGGAAAUCAACCAGCUAUUGUGCAAAUCAGCGUAGGGGUAACUAUACUUUUAAUGCUAAUAGGAUUGGUCAAUGGUGUACUCUGCAUGUUAACAUUUAAGAGCCCGGAAGUAAACGAAGUGGGUUCAGAUUUGUAUCUAUUGGGUUCGUCAGUGAGUGGCCUUCUUAUCACAGUUUUCUUCGUAUUUAAAUUCUCGGUACUUUACAUUGCACAAAAAACUUAUCUCACAAAUCAAUAUUUUCUACAAUUCCAAUGUCUAUCAGUGGAUUUUCUACUCCAAGUAUGUCUUAACAUGGCUCAAUGGCUGAAUGCAUGUGUAGCUAUAGAUCGAAUGAGUGUCGUGACGGAAAGAUUGAGGUUUGACAAGAAAAAAAGCAAAAAAAGAGCCAAAUAUAUCAUGAUGAUUCUUCUCACUAUUAUCAUUGGUACAUUUACUCAUGAUCCUGUUCAUCGACGAUUGAUAUAUGACGAUGAUGAUGAUAGCAGCAAGCGAAUCUGGUGUACUGUUGUCUAUUCAUCUGCUUUGCAAACGUAUAAUUCAGCAAUAAAUGUAUUUCAUUUUAUCGUUCCAUUUGUUAUUAAUUUGAUUUCAGGACCAAUUAUCAUUACGAUACUUGUUCGACAACACCGACUUGUACAUCCGAAACAAAGUUAUCGAAGUCUGAUUAGUGAACAAUUUCAACAACAUCGUUAUCUGUUCAUUACUCCAAUUAUUCUAUUGAUACUCAGUACACCUCGUUUAAUUAUUUCGUUCAUUGCCGGUUGUAUUAAGUCAAAUGAUAAUCUAUGGUUGUUGCUUAUUGGAUAUUUUGUUUCAUUCAUUCCGUCGAUGCUUACUUUUAUUACAUUUGUUUGUCCAUCGAAAUUAUACCGACAAAGAUUUCGACGGAACGUUGACCGAUAUCUACAAAUAGCACGAACGAUAUUACACAUCCAAUAUAACAGUUUAGAAAAGAAGAAAUAA